AUGGGGGUGGUAAAAGAUGGGACGAUAUCUGGGUUUCUUCCGAGAACUCAAGUUUUUGGUGUACACUAUCCGGGUUAUCCUUCCUCCAUGUCUCGAGCCAUCGACACACUUGGCGGCACCCAAGCCAUCCACAAGGCUCACAGUUCAGCCUCCAACAACAACAACAACAGGUUGGAGCUCCGUUUUCGGCAUGACGACCCCUAUUCCCAUCCUGCAUUUGGAGACCUUCGUCCCUGCAACUCUUUUCUCCUUAAAAUAUCCAAAUCCAAGUCCUCUGAAAGUGACUUACUUGCUGCCAAACUAACACCCGAAACUGAUCAAGUCAACGUUUGCGCUGAUAUUGUUGCUCGUGUCCCAAAGGCUUAUCACUUUGAUGGAAUGGCGGACUACCAGCAUGUCAUUGCUGUUCAUGCUGAUGUUGCACGCAAGAGGAAGAGAAAUAGGGUCGAAACUGAGGAGCCACACUCUGACAGAGGAGGUCUUAUGGAUAUUGAUCAGGAGGAUGUGAUGAUACUCCUGCCCCAGUUUUUUGCACCCAAAGAUGUUCCAGAUAAUUUAGUGUUGAGACCAUCGGGGACAUUGAGUGUAAAAAAGAAUCAAGAAGAACCUGUGCAGCACCAAUUGGAGAUGGAUAUGGAGCCAGUUCUUGCAAUUGACUUUGGAAUCACUGAGAUUCCUAAGAGAACAAACUGGGAGGAAUAUAUACCUCAAGAUUCAGAUCAGUGGGAGUCACAGAUGGCUGUGUCUAGCCUGUUUGAUGAGCGGCCGGUGUGGCCAAAGGAUUCAGUAACUGAACGAUUGCUUAAUAAGGGCUUCAUUUUUUCAGAUCACAUGUUGAGAAGGCUUCUUUCAAGAGUUGCAUACUACUUUUCACGUGGACCAUUUCUUAGGUUCUGGAUAAAAAAAGGGUUUGAUCCUCGGAAAGAUCCUGAUUCUCGCAUAUAUCAGAAAAUUGAUUAUCGAGUAAAACCACCAUUACACGGUUAUUGUGAAGCUAAUUCAGCUAAUCAACUAAAGCAUAAAUGGAGUGAUUUAUGUGCAUUUCGAGUGUUUCCUUACAAGUGCCAUACAACAUUGCAACUAUUUGAACUUGAUGACAAUUACAUUCAAGAACAGAUAAGAAAGGCUCCAGCUCAGACAACAUGCUCUCCAGAGACGGGAUGGUUUUCAUAUAACGUGCUUGAGAACUUGAAAUAUCGUGUUCAGGUGAGGUUCCUAUCUGUAUACCCAAAACCGGGUGCAGAGCGCUUGCUUAAAGCUGCUACUGAAAGCUUUAAAAAGUCAAAGAAGAUAUGCAAUAAAGACAACUUAGUGCGUGAUGAAAUGGUCCAGCAACAAACCAAUGCAGAACUUACAGGCGAUGUAGAUGCUGAGGAACCCAACAAUGUUGAAGAUGAUGAGGAUGAUAUUGAAGUUGAUAAUGGUGAAGAAGCAUUAGAUACAUAUGUUGGACAUGAUCUGGCUGAGGAUGGUGAAAUUUCUUUGCAGCCGCAUUCAUAUCUUAACAUGGAGAACAUCUCAAGAACUCAUUUACAGGAGCUUUUUGGUAGUUUUCCACCCCCUGAAGCAGGGGAUGAUAACAUACAAGAUGCAUAUACCAGUGAUGAAGAAUACCAGAUAUAUGAGCAAGAUAGUGACGGCAACUUCUCUGACGAAAACUAAUGCUAAUUACGAAGUUGCUGCUGAGAUAGACCAUCUACAUGUGCUGAAGCAAUGCAAUUUCAUUGGCAGCUCCUCAACAUUUCAAAUUUUGGCAUACAUGUUUCCAUGAGAGGGCCUUGGCUUGGAACUGAUUGUAAAUAGAUGACUAUUUUUGGGGCAGCUAUUAUGUAACUUUAGAGACAAAACUCAACAUAAACAUUAAACUAGAUUGCUGUUAUUACUGUCAAAUGAUAGGUAGAUCAGUUAACAAUGGUGAUUAAAGUUUCUC